AUUAUAUGUUUUCAAGUGUCGAACGUGUUUCUUGCAUUGAAAAUCAACCAAAAGACAGAUAACACUCGGAUGAAGUGACCUUUCGUGUCCUUAAAACAUCAGUUUCCUACUGGCUGUGGAGUAGAGAACGUGAUUUUUGGCCAAUUUCCGAACAGCUCCCUAAUUUUCGUUUUAUUAAACUCGUGCUUGGUUUAAACAAGUUGUCAAGCCUGCAAAAAUGGUCUGGAUUACAGCAGACGAUAAGAUGUCUGGAAAGCCGAACACCCUGGCUAUGUAUGCUCAGAGUCAGUUGGACCACAUGUGUGCUCUGGAUAUCGAAAAUCGUGCGUCUUUCGUUCGACUUUCGGGAAUAAUUUGCACGAUCGGACCGGCUUCGAGACCGGUCGAAACCCUUGAAAAGAUGAUCGAAACGGGUAUGAAUAUUGCACGAUUGAACUUCUCUCAUGGAUCGCACGAGUAUCACGCGGAGACAAUCGCUAACGUGAGACAAGCGCAGAAAAAUCUCACCGCUCGUACGAAAAUUAACGUUCCUGUGGCGAUUGCUCUCGACACUAAGGGCCCUGAAAUUCGUACUGGACUUUUAGAAGGGGGCGGAUCAGCUGAAGUUGAAUUGGUCAAAGGUCAAAGUUUCAAAUUGUCUACUGACAAAUCGCUUGCGGAGAAAGGUAACGUCAACGCAGUUUUUGUGGAUUACGAGAACAUUAACAAGGUGCUGAAGGUUGGGAACCGUGUCUUCGUCGAUGAUGGUUUAAUUUCCCUCAUCGUCACUGCAGUCUCUCCCGAUGGAAUUACAACGACGGUCGAAAAUGGCGGUAUGCUAGGUUCACGCAAAGGUGUUAAUUUACCUGGCGUGCCAGUAGAUCUGCCAGCUGUUUCUGAGAAAGAUAAAUCUGAUCUACAGUUUGGAGUCGACCAAGAAGUAGAUAUGAUUUUCGCUUCGUUUAUCAGAAAUGCCGCUGCUUUGAGUGAAAUUCGGGCUAUUCUCGGCGAGAAGGGCAAGAAUAUUAAAAUAAUAUCGAAGAUCGAAAAUCAGCAAGGCAUGACAAAUCUCAGUGAGAUUAUCGAUGCUUCCGAUGGUAUUAUGGUGGCUCGUGGUGAUCUUGGUAUUGAAAUACCACCAGAGAAAGUGUUCUUGGCACAGAAAUGUAUGAUUUCUGGCUGUAAUAAAGUUGGCAAACCUGUGAUCUGUGCUACACAGAUGCUGGAAUCUAUGGUGAAAAAGCCACGGGCGACUAGAGCCGAAACGUCGGAUGUAGCAAACGCUAUUCUCGACGGUGCAGAUUGUGUUAUGUUAUCAGGUGAAACUGCCAAAGGAGAUUAUCCUUUGGAAUGUGUGCGUACAAUGGCUAAUAUCUGCAAGGAAGCAGAAGCAGCCAUUUGGCAAACACAGAUAUUCCAUGAUCUUUCGAGCAAAGCUGUACCGCCAAUCGAUGCCACGCACACUGUCGCGAUUGCUGCUGUAGCAGGAUCUAUGAAAUGUUUCGCUAGCGCUAUUAUAGUAAUCACGACCUCUGGUCGCUCUGCACAUUUAGUUGCAAAAUAUAGACCUCGCUGUCCGAUUAUUGCGGUAACCAGAUUCCAUCAAGUUGCAAGACAAGCACAUCUUUACCGUGGAAUUUUACCACUGUUUUAUGAAGGUGCGCCAUUGUCCGAUUGGGUGAAAGAUGUUGAUACGCGUGUUCAGUUUGGACUGAACUUCGGCAAAGAUCGUGGUUUUAUCAAAGCUGGAGAUGCAGUCGUAGUUGUCACUGGAUGGAAACAAGGCUCAGGAUUUACGAAUACGCUUCGUAUUAUAAAUGUUGAGUAAAAGUACAUUGGCUGGUUUUGUGAAGAAGAAAAAGAAUUCAGUGAUUGUAGAUGUUGAAAGUUCAGUAUGUAUGUAACUUAUAUGUAUGAUGAGCUUAGUAAAUUUAUUGAAACAUUACAAACAUGAAGAUGCCAGUAGUUACAGUAUUAUAUUAUUACCCCUACAAAGUACCCAGCUGUAUACAUACGAUACACACAAAUAUAUGGAUUUACAUAUAUGGUAAAGUGUAAUACUUACUUGGGCCAGUAAAUCAUUGAAGUUUGA